AUGCACGUGUCUGAGGAGGAGAGUGUUCAGUUAGCAUCCUACAGAUUGAAAGACCUUGCGUAUGACUGGGUGGUUGCAUGGAGAAAGGGUAGAGUAGAGGGUGUUGCUCCUAUGACUUGGCAGGAGUUCCAAGAUGCAUCCCUGGAUAAAUUCUUUCCGCUAGAGUUGAGAGAGGCGAAAGUAGAGGAGUUUAUGAACUUACGGCAAGGCUCCACGACUGUUAAGGAGUAUUGCUUGAAGUUCAAUCAGUUAGCAAAAUAUGCCCCAAAUUUGAUAACCGACAACCGAGCCAGUAUGGAACAGAUCGCAAAGAGCCCUCAAUUUCAGAGCCGCUCAUCUAUGCCAGCACCAUCGUCAGCUAGUGCUUCAGCACUUAGAGGUAGGCAAGAACAGGGAAACAGGUCUUCUAUGUCCGGAUCUCAGAAUACUGUGAGUAACCGGCCUAACCGUCCACCAUGCACCAGGUGUGGUGGGGAUCACGGGGGUAAGUGUUUGUGGGGUCAGAAGGGCUGCUAUGGAUGUGGCCAGGAGGGCCACGGUUUUAGAGAUUGUCCUCAUACCAGACAGGGGAACCGUGAUGUUCGCCCCCAGGCUCAGCCUGCUAGUGCUUCAGCUCCUGUAGCUCGUCCAGCUCCUACUCAUGGUGCUUCUUCCAGCACUGGCGGCGGUCAGCGCCAGAACAAAUUCUAUGCUUUGCCUUCCCGUCAGGAGUAA